AAUUAUUAGUGAUGUGAGUAAAGGUGUACGAAAGAAAAUUUGUUAUACAAAAAUAAAAAAAGUGUCUGUGUUGUUAUUUGUUUAUAAUUAUUUGUGUAAAAAUCAAAACAUUUAAUAAGUUUUAUUUUAAUUAUUAAAUAGAAUAUUAGUAAUAUAAGUAAAUCUUAGCUAUGCUAAAAACAUUAACUUCGCCCCGAUUCAGUCAUAAUAUUUUAUGUAAAUCAUGCAGCAUAAUCAUUACACGAGACUACAACUCCAGGCAGAGUUUGUUUACUUUUGGUAAUAUUACCAACAAAAAUCGUGGCUAUUAUAAGAAGGAACUAAUUGGCUAUUCUAUGGAUGAAAUGUACUCUGUGGUCUCCGAUGUUAAAAACUAUUAUAAAUUCGUGCCAUACGUGAAAAAAUCCCAUGUCCAUAGUGAACAUUCGAACGGUUUUAAAGCGGAUCUUAUUGUAGGCUUUCCACCACUUAACGAAAUCUAUACCUCAAAUGUUACAUUAAAAUAUCCAAACUUAGUGACGUCCGAAUGCAAAGAUGGACGCCUCUUCAAUUAUUUACUAAACGAAUGGCGCUUUAGUCCCGGUUUAAAAGAUAUACCACAGUCUUGUGUAUUGGAUUUCAAAGUUUCGUUUGAAUUUAAAUCUUUACUGCAUAGUAAUAUAGCAAAUUUAUUCUUUGAUUUGAUAUGUGAUCAAAUGGAAAAUGCUUUUAUAACUGAGGCUAAAAAACGUUUCGGAGAUGCUUCCAUCAAAUCACACAUUUUAACUUCAAGACGAUCCUGACCUUAAAAGAAUUUUUUUUAGUUUUAAAAGUCUACUUUGAAUAGGAGUAUUCACAAUUUAAGAAUUAAAGAAUUAAAAUAAUUUGUUUAAUAAUGUAACGAGAUAUUACAGUGUUUUGUUUUUAAAUAUUUUUUAUGUUUUUUUAAGUUAAAUAAUACAUUUUUAAAUUUUAUAUGUUUUUAUAAAUAUACAAAUUAAAACCGCCGCAAUUUUUUUUUUUUUUCAAAUAAAAAACUACAAAUAAAUGAUGACCAAAGACUGUACGAGAGAGUUUCUUUUUUUAAUUUAUAAAAAAAUAAAUUGUUAAUAACUGCUGUAACCAAAUAAAAAUAAAUUGUAA